UUCUGUGGCAAGGCAUGAUGGGAAGGAGUUUUGCACAGGCGGGUUAGACUUGGAGGCCGAAAUGCUUUAGCAGAUGGGAGUGUAAGCCAACAUUAUUAGUGUGUACAGUGUUUCGUGUACCAGCACACGCUAGGAAACGGCUCCUGAGGAGCAGACAUAGUUGACUGCGUUCCACCACGGAGAAAUGGGGAAUGUGGUGUCACGGUGGAAGGCAAAACCUUCCACUGUGGAUGUUCUGGAAACUAUAGACAAGGACAUAAAGGACCUGGAGGAGUUCCGGGAGAAGAACGAGAGGCUGCGGAAGCUGUGGGUGGGAAGGCUGCUGCUGUAUUCCUCUGUGCUGUACCUGUUCACCUGCCUGAGCGUGUACCUCUGCUUCUUCCCCGACCAGUGGACCGAGAAGCUCCUCCUGGCUCUGCCCCUCGCGCUGUUUCCUGUGCUGGUCUGGUUUAUGAGGAAACUUCUGAUUUACCUCUUCGCAAAGAGAACUGAACGAAACAAUGAAAAAUUAGGUGAUCUCCGAACCCAGAAAAAAAAAAUACUCGAGGAAGUGAUGGAGAAGGAAACGUACAAGAAUGCUAAAUUGAUCCUGGAAAGAUUUGAUCCAGAGUCAAAGAAAAAAGAUCUAGAAUCUUCUCCAGUGGGGCCCCAAAUGACUCCAAGACCAGGCCAAGAACUUCGUCAUCGGACCCUUUCCCAGAGGCCCCCGGGUCUGGCGACACCGGUGGGGGCUCCCCGUCCCCCGCUGGCCCCCGGCACCACCCCGUCAGGGGCCCCGCUGCACUCGGCCCCCGGGGGCCCGCCCGAGAGGAUGGGGACCCCCCACAGCCCGAUGCGGCGGCCCCUGAGCCCAGCCACGCCCAUCCCAGGGCUGGGGAUGCACCCGCCGGGCCCUCCGCUAGCCAGACCCAUUCUGCCACGGGAGAGGGGAGCUGUUGACCGAGUGAUCGAGUACCUGGUGGGGGACGGCCCUCAGAACAGAUAUGCCCUGAUCUGCCAGCAGUGUGUGUCUCACAAUGGCAUGGCACUAAAGGAGGAAUUUGAAUACAUUGCCUUCCGAUGCGCGUACUGUUACUUCCUGAAUCCCGCGCGCAAGACCCGCCCACAGGCCCCCCGGCUCCCAGAGUUCAGCUUUGAGAGACGGCAGUGCUCCGAGUCGCCCACCCUGGCCCCUUCCACUGCCUCCGAGGACGAAGAGCCGGUCUCUGCCACAGAUGAACCCCGCGAAGAGCCCUCCCGUUCGGAAAGCCCUUGCUCAGAGCCUCCCCACUCAGAAAGCCCUGCUCCAGUGGCAGAUCUCCCAGCCGACGAGACCGGGCCGGUGGAUGAGCCUCCUGGGGAAGAAUGUUCCGGAACAGCAGAUUCAGAGGAACAAGAAGAAGAGCUGAGGCCUCUGGGAUCUGAAGAAGAGCAGAAGGUCUCUCAAACAGAAGUGGAAUAAAAGUCACGUGAUUUCAACUGAGCAAGUGAUUGGUCCACAUGUUCUUUUUUUUUUUUUUGCUUUGAGAUGAGUGUCUGAAUGCUAGCUUGAGACUGUAUGUUUGUAAGCGACCCAACCCUAAGAUUUAGGAAGGCCUUUCGGUAGGUGGGAAUUAGAAUUAUGGGAGUAAAAAAAAUAAUUUCAUAAAAAAAGGUUCUAUUAACUGCAUCCUCUGCCAGGGGUUUGAUAACCUAAACACUUUUGUAUAUAGAGCGGAUGCUGACAGCAAGUUCAUUUUGUUGAUUUUGAGUUUGUGGUCCAUUUCUCUUUUCUGUCAAUUUUGUGAAAAUGAUAAUUUGCCAAACGAGUGCUGCUUGGUUUCAGUUUAGUUUACAGGAUUUUAUUAGUGUUAAAGGAUAUCUGCAUUAUAAAUGGAUGGCUACUGUUGCUAACUUUUUAAAACAUAUUUAUGAGUAAUAUUUAAGUCUGAUAUGGUACGUUUUAUUAAAGAAUUGUAAAGUAUUGGUUACUUGUAGCACAGGGAGGCCAGCUUCAUGUUUACAGUCAUAGGAAACCAUUAUUUAUUCCUAAAAACACACCUGUGUCUGUGUUUUAACAGUUCGCUGAGAAGAUGAAAUUAAAAAUAGAUCAUUUAUCUUCCCACGGCAGAUUUUGUUUUAUGUCCUUUGUAAAAUAAUUGUUAAAUGUUUGUGGCACUCAUUAAAUGUUUUAAAACCA